AUUGUCAUAUUUCAAACUGUGGUUCGGAAAGAAGUCUGCAAUGGAGAGGCGGGGAAAAGAGGCCCGUAUCAAUGCAAAAGGUGCUUUCAGUUUGGACAUAUAGAGAAGGGUUGUACUGCCAGAACGCCAUUCCAAAUUGUGGUUGAUCCAAAGGUGAUGUCCAGUCCUGGUGUAAUUACAAGAAACAUGUCUUCUCUUUCUCCAACUAGCCCAGGUCCUACAACCAGAAGGAUGGCAUCUAUCUCACCUGGAGAAAUUAAUCGAAGGUUCAUUAUUAGCUAGAAACAUUAGCUUCCUUAUCUAUUUUGUGUGUGAGCAUGGCUGGUCAACUGUGGUCUUUUGUGCACUCUAUAUGUGUAACUAGGGAUCGUGUAAAUAUGGUACUGCUAAAAAUUAAUUGUACCCUGCUAUUAUGGUAUUGAUGAAAUGACAGCAAAACUGGGGCAAAUUUGUGUUAAA